UCUUCCCCUCAGCAACACCAUGCAGAGCAAGAAAGUGACCAUCACAUACUAUGAUGAGUAUGGAGUAUGGCCACACCUGGCAGAUGAGCUUUCAUCACGAUUGCCUCUCCGCAACCUGCACUGGAAUCCAUCAAUUCAGCGUCCUCUACGAACGAUACAAAGUCUAGAUGUAGACAUGAAGCGAUUCACCUACGAUUCAGCUCCACAGCCGCUACUAUCAGUGCAGACGCCGUACCUGAACUUGUAUUUUGUCGCGUGCGAUGACAAUGAUUCUUAUCGCAUGUCCGUGAAAAGGCAGAUUAAGGCUUGGAUGGACGUCAUCACUACAAAGAAAAAUCAAGAAUGGAUGCUUGUGUAUGUUGCGGGGCAGGAUACUCGCAAAGGAGCUAGCUAUCUCGGACUUAAGACCUCUGUGUACGAUAAAAUUAAGAACGAUUUUAAUAUUGGAAAGAGAGACAGAUGCGUGUAUUUGAGAUCAGCCAGUUCAGAACACGCCGAUUCAGAAGAUUGGGUUGAUUUUAUCAACAAAAUGAAAGAUGGUAUUAUGACGAGCUUUGAUGCGCAAGUUCAACAGUACCAAGAUGAUACCCGCAGACUGGAUCUUCAGCGACAGAUGCCAGGUUGGAAUUAUUGUACUUUCUUCAUUCUCAAGGAAGGGCUAGCUCAUACGUUUGAAACCAUGACAUUGUAUGAAGAAUCUCUCAUUCAAUAUGAUGAGUUGGAAGCUUCCUUCUUCCAAGUUUUGAGAGACAAAGCGUUAGCUUGGUUUGGACAUGUUGGCGGUUCUUCUCCAGGAGAUGAUAGCUCCAAUGUUCUUGAUUUCAAAAAGAAACCUUAUCGAGAACUCAUCAACAAAAACACCAUUUCUGUUUUCGACUUUCGAAGCUACUUAUUUGCACGCCAAUGCUUCUUGCUACUCAAAUUACAAAGACCAAUUGAGACUUGUGCUAGAGCUCAGUUAUUUAUUUCCAACAUGACCGUCACUAUAAAGGAAAAUGAUAUGCCGGUCGAGGACUAUCUCGAAUCAUGGAUAUUUUCAGCAUGCACCAACAUUGUCAAUGAAUGUGAACCGAUUGCAACUCAUCUGGCGACUGGAAACCCUGAUAUUUUACCAAUCUACAAUGCGGCCAAGGCUGAUCUUUUGAUUUUGGCUCGCAAACAGCUUGACAAACUUGGUGUCAAGCAUGGGCACUUGCCAGAUUCCACUCCAUUUAAUAUGCAUAUUGACAAGAAUGUCAACACAAAGAAGCGGUUUUCCUCUGGAGCGGAAGUCACUGAUAAGGAGCCAAUGACGAACCAAAAGCUAAGAGAAGCUGUAGUAUCAAGAGAGGCUUUUGAUAAAAUGUACAUGGCACUGAGCACACGAGCGAUUAAGGGUUACGAUCAAAGCAAUAGAGUGCGAUCCGCGCUUUGUGCUCACGGGGAUAUAGCCUCCUUCAAAUUCGCUAGAGAAAAAUACGACGAAGCUGCUCGUAUACUAGACUCAAUGACUUGGAGAUACGGCGACCAGCACUGGAGUUAUAUCGAAAACGCUCUUUUGAGAAAGUGCGCAGAAGCUCAGAAAAAACUCGGAAAUACCAGACAAUUCUUGGAAUGCGUGUUGACUCUGCUGAAAAAUGCAUCUGAACUUUCCAGCGAAGAGGCAGAAUUUUAUACCAACGAGCUGCUUGACAACGUACAAAACAUGGAAGAAGAGAUUCACCGACAGUUCUCUCCUAUAUUUAUAGUGUCCGAUGUUGUCAUCGUAGAUGAUUUUGCAACCGUGGAUCAGACCAAUAUCCGGAUAUGCGUGGAUAACAAGCUUCCAAAGGCACUGCACUUUGACAAACUGUCGUUAAACCUCGUCGGAAACGAGCCUGAACAUAUCACUUACGAAAUUAACGAUCAAACUCUGAAUGCUGGCUUGAAUGUUUUCAACCUUUCCAGUCAAACCUCUGCGGCUGGUGAAUACGUAGUGGAAACUUGUCAUCUUCAGUUUGGCAAGCUCUCGUUUGCUCACAAUUUCUUGCAUGAGGGUCACGAGAAACACAUUCUUCGUCUGAAUCACGAUAUUCAAAAACUGUUUGUCGACGUUGAGCAACCAGGAAGUGUAACACUGGGAGAGCGACAGAAUUUUGCGGUCAGCAUCUACAGUGGUAAUGAAAAUAUUAAAGAAGGCACAUUUUUGUUGUCAUCUCUUUCUGAGGGACUCGAUAUCCCUCUAUCUGAGGAAUAUACUGCUACGCUGAAGAACAUUAGCGAUGAAACAAGCCACACUAUCAUUUUGCAAGUCAAUGAAAGCGGUCAAAUCAAGCUCCCAGCACUGACUACCGACCAGAAAAUUGGAUUCCUCAUUUCAUAUGACGGACCGUGGAAUGAAAAUCAAUUCAGAAUUAGAAGUAAAGCAGACUAUGUAACAGCUGACGGAAGCAUUCGUUCCUUCCAUUCAGCCGACUUUGUGGAUAUCUUGAUACCAUUGACCGUCACUGAAUCCAGUAUAUUUGGAGAGAACUGUAUAUAUCUGAAGGUUGAAGCGUCCUGCAAUGGAAACAUUCCGGCACGUGUGCUUGGAUCUUGCUUGGAACCAUCAGCGUCCUAUGAGAUUGAAAAUCAAUCCAUAAACGAAAAUUGGGAUUUGACCUUAUUCCCUCGACAAGUGUCUACAUUUGUGUACAAGCUCAAAAAGCAGGGAGGCUCUACAGGCUCACUACAAUCAAAGGAACAUUUUGUUGUCAAGUAUCAAACGUUGCAAAGUGAGGUUGAGGCAGGAAUCAAAGCAAAGUUGAACACCAAGCUUAAGGAGCAUAACCUUGGCCAACACCUAAAUCACAUUUGGAAGCAUAUUCGCAAAGAGUUCUUGUCGCACAUUGAUUAUAACGAUUACGGACUUACGGAAACCGUUCGAGUCAAGUAUUUUGAUGCUGAAGUAUGCGAAUCGUUCCUCCUGCAUCGGGACCUCAAGACGAAAGUGGAACUGCUAGACUUGAUAGAAGAAUUUUUCCAACACAAUGCCAUCAUUUCACAAUCCGAUAUUCGAAAGGAGCAUCCAACUAUUUCAGAGAGAGCGUUGUCGUUUCCCUUGGAUGUCCCAAGAUCAAGAGUACUCCAUACCGUGGAACUCAUUUUGCCAAACGAUACCUACAUGCACGUGAAUGAACCUUGUGAAGGCACUUUGAAGAUCAAGCAAUCACCUUACUGGGCAUCAGAAGAGAGUGUAGAAGAUGCGUCUUCAUUCUUUGUAUAUGAAAUAGAAGCUGACUAUGAUAACUGGCUUCUGUCCGGGAAGCGUAAGCUUAAAUUCAGCUCAAAGGUUGGUGAAGUGUAUGAAUUCCCAAUCACGUUGAUUGCCCUGAAGACCGGUCAAAUACCAUUGCCUCCGGUCAAAGUUCACUCCGUCUCGUCCAGCAUUUUUGCUUCGACAUUGUACAUUAAUAGCGCGCAGCAGGUUUUAGUCCGUCCAAAAAGUAGUACGGCUACAUUCUUUGUUGAGCAGCAACAACGCUUUGUACAACAAAGGGCUACUGCCGUACAGACUCCAUAUUCCGAAACCGGCCAUCAACGUGCAGCACUGACUGCGGUUGACGAAGUCGUUGGCAAUUAGUUACUCGAGGUUGUUCGUUUUAUUGUAAGUGAUGAAACCAUCACCUGUACUCUAUCCAGUAUGUUACAAA